UGGCCAAGGCCGGGCAGCUGGAUCAGCUCUGCCAGCUCGCGGCGCUCUCAGGUGAGAGCACCCGCCCAGGACGGGCCGGACGGUGCACAAUGGCCCCUCGGGGCAGUGAGGGGCCGUGGCCCUCGGGCCGGACCCACCGCAGCCACGCCCCGCAGCCGGCACCCCGGGGUCCAAGGGCAGCGCAGCCUCACGCAUCGUCGGGGGCUACAGUCUGACCCGGGGGACCUGCCCACGCCCCGCGCCCGGUGUCCCGAUGGGCCUGUGCUAUAGCUUGCGACCGCUGCUUUUCGGCAGCUCGGAGGAUGCCCCCUGCGCCGCCUCGGACCUGCGCUCGGAGGACGGGCAGCCCAGCGCCGUCCCAGCCCCAGUCCUGGUCCCAGCCCCGGCUCCAGCGGGGACACUGCUCCGACGAGGCGCUGGCCGGAACCCCGCUAGCGCGCGGCCGGCAGUGGAGCUGCAGAGCCGGCGGCGGCAAGAGCAGCUGCGCGCCGAGGAGCGAGAAGCCGCUAAGGAGGCGAGGAAAGUGAGCCGCGGCAUCGACCGCAUGCUGCGAGAGCAAAAGCGCGACCUGCAGCAGACGCACCGGCUCCUCCUGCUGGGGGCUGGUGAGUCCGGGAAAAGCACUAUCGUCAAACAGAUGAGGAUCCUGCACGUCAACGGCUUCAACCCCGAGGAAAAGAAGCAGAAAAUUCUGGACAUCAGGAAAAAUGUCAAAGAUGCUAUCGUGACAAUCGUUUCAGCAAUGAGUACUAUAAUACCUCCGGUUCCACUGGCCAACCCUGAAAACCAGUUCCGGUCCGAUUAUAUCAAGAGCAUAGCCCCUAUCACCGACUUUGAAUAUUCCCAGGAAUUCUUUGAUCACGUGAAGAAGCUGUGGGACGAUGAGGGGGUGAAAGCCUGCUUUGAGAGAUCCAACGAGUACCAGUUGAUCGACUGUGCACAAUACUUCCUGGAAAGGAUUGACAGCGUCAGUCUGGUUGAUUACACACCCACAGACCAGGACCUCCUCAGAUGCAGAGUGCUGACUUCGGGAAUCUUUGAGACACGAUUCCAAGUAGACAAAGUGAACUUUCACAUGUUUGAUGUUGGCGGCCAGAGGGAUGAGAGAAGAAAAUGGAUCCAGUGCUUUAAUGAUGUCACUGCCAUCAUUUACGUGGCAGCCUGCAGUAGCUACAACAUGGUGAUCCGGGAGGACAACAACACCAACAGACUGAGGGAGUCCCUGGACCUGUUCGAAAGCAUCUGGAAUAACAGGUGGUUACGGACCAUUUCUAUCAUCUUGUUCUUGAACAAACAAGAUAUGCUGGCAGAAAAAGUCUUGGCAGGGAAAUCAAAAAUUGAAGACUAUUUCCCAGAGUAUGCCAAUUACACUGUCCCCGAAGAUGCAACACCGGAUGCGGGAGAAGAUCCCAAAGUUACGAGAGCCAAGUUCUUUAUCCGAGAUCUGUUUUUGAGGAUCAGUACAGCCACAGGCGAUGGCAAACAUUACUGCUACCCCCACUUCACCUGCGCCGUGGACACGGAGAACAUCCGCAGAGUGUUCAACGACUGUCGUGACAUCAUCCAGAGGAUGCACCUGAAGCAGUACGAACUCUUGUGAGGACUGCCUACCCCUCCUCCUCACUGCCGCCUCUCCUUCCUCUUGGCCACCCCAGGAGGCGGUGUAUCUCCCCAGCCUGCGUGUCUGUCCACCCCGAGCCAUGGUAGGGCGUAGUGAGUGUUUUAGUGUCACGGGGCUGCCACCUGUCCUGUCCUAGGUAUGCCUAUGUGUGACCACCAAGCCUCUGGCUACCUCUGUCCCCCAGGUUUGGUUUCUGUAGCUUUUGUUUUUCACCGGACUGCACAGCCUCCCACCACCAAUCUGUAUCACUGCAAAGCCACCAACUCUCACGUGGGGGAUACUGCAGUGACCCGUCUGAGUGGGAACCUAUCGAUUCUUUGAUUGGUCGAGGGGCUAACUCAUCGAAGGCAGCGUGGUAAAUCGGAGAAAUACAUUGUUUCAAAUUAUCAAGCAUGAUCACCAUGGACUGCGGCUCUUUCUGGCUAGCAGGUAGCUGCCCCUUCUGAUCUGCGCUGGCCCAAUGCUUAGAGUAGACUCAAGCCAGCCACAGAGCAAGAGGAAUUCUUUCCGGCCACGGUUGCAGUAAGUAGAGGGCCUCUCGGAGCCUCUUAAAUUUAGGCAGAAAAGCUGCCCCAUUCACUACUGCAAACUGUGUCCUGUCUGUACAUGACGGUGUCCCCUACACCUUCCUGAUGAUAGUUGGGCAUGGUCUUUCCUAGUUUCUCUUUGUUGUUGCUUUACUAGACUGUACAGACCCGCACAAUGUAAUACUCUUUUGUAUGACUCCUAACAAAACCUCCUUGUAGCUUUCUGUGCCUUGGUGAUGGCCCCACCUGUAAGGAAAUAUGUCCCAGCUGUGCCAAGCAGCUUGCGGUCCGCACAACCUGCUGCAGACACAGUGGCGAAUCGGUGGGAUCUGUUCAUCUUGGGAUAUUUUUUAUCAGGUUGGUAUUUAUGGACGAUCGUUACAGAAUCAUCUACUUGACCAGCAGUGCCAUCCCGACACUGGAACUGUCGCAGCCGCCUGCUUUCACUGCUCUGAAUCUCAGCUGCUGCAAACACUGGGACCACCCGAUUCCAAGGCAUAAAUUAGAAGCUACUUUUUUUUUUUUAGGGUACUAAGGGUUUUCUCUCCCCCUCCCCCUACCCGCCCCACACAGAUGAAAUGUUUCUGAAGACUCCUUCAGGUUCCCUAGGCAGGAGCAGGCCUACCGCCUCCUCGUUAAGUUCUAGAUACAGUCCCAUCUUAUGAUAAACAGGUGACCAGAGGAAAGCAAAGUAGCGUCAAUGUUGUAGCGGAGUGAGGGCAGGAAGGACAGCACCUUCUGAAGACGAAAUACUACAAAGCUAUUUACUUAGUAUCUAUCUAUCUGCAUUGCUAGGGAGGAGCCCAGCACCUGGAGCAUGCUAGGCAAGCACUCUACUGCUAAUCCUUAUCCACAGCCAUAACGCCAGCCCCACAAAAACCUUUGUUUUAAAUAUAAAGACAGACUGAAUGGCUGCUCCCCACGUGUGAGAUCUGCAGCCGCAACCUCGAGUUAUGGUAGGAACGCCUAGAACAUAACAGCGGCUGCAUCAGGGCACCGUUGGCGCUACCUAUGGCCAAGUCUUCUGGGAAUAGUUCUCUUAGGCUUAGAGUUUUCUGUAAAGAUGUCCUAGGUUAAAUAUUCAACAGUACAAACACACAGGAGUGACCGCCUGUGUUACUUUACUUAUUCAUCUACUUAUUGUUGUCUGAAGUUUAUUCCACUUGAAGUCAGCAUUGCGUAAUGCUUUGUACACUCGUCGUGGCUGAGAUGCUCUUCUGGGAAAGGAUGGCAGCCUCGGUUGCGACAGCACGCUCCUCGGCUCCUCGCCACUGUGCCACUCUCCACUGCUGCACAAACUUCCGGCUGAGCCCACACAUGACAGGAAAGUGACUUUCAGUUCCCCUGCAUGUUCCAAGCAAGAAGAAAAGCUCACACACACACACACACACAUACACGUGAAGUUUUAUACCACUAACAGUUCCCUGUUACUAAAGAACUAUUUAAAAGUGUUCUAGGGGCUGAAUGUAUAACUCUGACAAAGCACACACUCAGCAUGCAGAAGCCCUGAGUUCAAUCAGAAUAGAAGAAAUAUAAAUAAACAAAAUUUGAUCAUUAUAAAGAUCCAGACUCCUUUAGGAAAAAAAAA